CCCUUCCGCCGUCAAACCCCACACCCAUACAUACACAUACAUGUCUACUACCAUGACUACUACACCUAACAUUGAUUCAACCUUGCAAAACUCUACUUUGAACAGAGUCGUAGAUUCUAGUUCAAGUAGUUGCAAGAUGUACAAAGGUGUGAGGAAGAGGAAAUGGGGCAAAUGGGUAUCGGAGAUUAGGCUUCCCAACAGCCGAGAACGGAUAUGGUUGGGUUCUUAUGACACCCAACAAAAGGCGGCUAGAGCCUUCGACGCCGCCCUCUACUGCCUUCGCGGCCGCCACGCCAGUUUCAACUUCCCCGACACGCCUCUUCAUUUGGAGAUCAACAAUGUAAGUCACUACCAUUCUCUCUCCCACCAUGAAAUUCAACAAGUUGCGUCCAAAUUCGCCAAUAAUUUUGAUGCUGAGGAAGAAGAGGAACCGUCAUCACAAAAUGGCGCUAAUAGUGCAAGCUCUGUGUGUGAUUAUGAUGGGAGUAAUAAUAAUAAUGAUAAUAACAACAACAAUGAUAAUAAUAACGUGCAAGUGGACCAUGGGGACAUGGAUUGGACAUUUUUGAACGUGUUGGAUGAUCAAAAUGAUUCCAAUUUUGAUAACACUAUUGGCUAUGAUGUUGGCCUCUACUAUGGAGGGAUAGAUAAGGUGUACUCAGGUGAAUUUUUGUAUACUACUACACCACCAACAACUUUUGAGGAUAACAAUAAUGGUGAUGCUGAUGAUGAUGCUUUUUCUAACCAUUCAUUCCUUUGGAGUUGGAAUUUUUGAUUCACCUUGCAGGCCCUAAAUCCCUCAUACACUAUGCCAAGUUUCUUAAUUAUCAGUACAAGUAUCUUUGUUUUUUUUUUUA